AUAAACUGUAUAGUGGAGACAGUUCAACAUGUCUACACUGUCACGUUAUGCUCCAUGGGAUUCACCACUGCAUUCGGAUGGACAUGUAAUCUAAUUCACAUCGGAAAUCAUGGCUGGGAAGAAGAGACGACAUCAAACAUGAAGCAAUGGACAAGAACACAAGUAUAUGAUGGAUUGCAUCGAGCAUCUGUGUGGACUUUACUUGGAAUUACAGGCUACGGCCUUACCUUGCUGGGCUCGUAUGCCUUCAGGUAUUUCACAGAAAUUCGCCCAAUGCAGAAAGAACUGAGGAGAAAGCAGAAUGAGGAAUCCAUAACCCUUGAACAAAUUCAAGGUGAAAAGGAACUUCAACAGAAAAAAUCUGAUUCUGAAACCCUCUACUCUUAGAAGUCUGGGAUGAACAAUUUUUGGUUUAUUAACUGUUGUUGCUGUUAGGUAAACAGCAUAAAAGUUUUUGUUUUCCUUUUGAGCCAAAACAGAAAUUCGAAAGCAUGAUCGGAAUGUUACAUAGAACAUAUAUUAAGCAGGAAUUGUUAUUAAAUCCUUUCAUAAAGGGCAGGAGUAAAAUUGCAACUCUUUCUUGCAGCAUUUUAAAUUUUAUUGGCUGCUUAAGUAUGCCAAAUGUAUUUCUUUUGUAAAUAUAAUGUUUCAAAAGAUGUUUUUCUUUAGA